AUGUUGUAUCGCCAUCUAUUGUCAUUGGCAGUUUGCCUUGUGUCUCCCGCGGUUGCGGAUACCGCAAAGGCCAACAGAUGCAUUAUCGUACCGUCUAAAGGUUCCUUGUCAGACUCGCCAGUCAUUGCCGAGGCCUUUCAGAAGUGCGCCAACGACGCUGAGAUCGUCUUCUCCGAGGGUGCCGAGUAUAAGAUUUACGAGCCUCUCGUUGCCAAGCUGAACAAUGUGGUCAUCACCGUGAAGGGAAAUCUGACCCUGCCUCAAGACAUCCCCGCCGUGCAGAAGCUCGUUGAGGCGAAGGGUGGUUCGCUCACAUGGUUCCAGAUCGGGGGCACUAACGUGCAGUGGAUCGGCUCAUCUGAUCCUCAUGCCGGAUGGAUCAAGUCGUACGGACAAGCUUGGUGGGAUGCCAACAAGCCUGGCGAGGCUGGUACACCCAACCGCCCUCAUCUCAUGCAAUUCAACGUCAACAACGGCGUUAUGAAGUAUAUGAAGUCAUUGAAACCCAUUGCUUGGAACUUCUCUAUCAAGGGAAAGAACAUUACCAUUUCAGACACCGUUAUCGACGCUCGAUCUUCCAGCAGCAAAUUCCCCUUCAACACCGACGGCUUCGACGUUGGCGCCACUGAUGUAACCAUCACGAACAGUAACAUCUUCAACGGUGAUGACGCCAUUGCCAUCAAUGACGGAGCUCACAAUGUUCUCUUCAAGCACGCGACCAUUGGCUUCGAGACUCAUGGCAUGAGCGUUGGCUCACUCGGAUCGAAGCCUGCUUCUCCGGCUGAUGUGCAGAACAUCCGCUUCGAGGAUGUAACUGUUCAAGGAGGCCUUUAUGCUUCUCGCUUCAAGAGCUGGAUUGGAGGACAGGGCCUGGUCAAGAACGUCACCUGGAGCAACAUUCGAGUCGAGAAUGUCACAUUCCCCAUCUUUGUGACCCAGACAUACUUCAACCAGGCAAGUGCCGGUGGGGAUCGCCCAAACAACUCCUCUGUCAUGAUGGAGGACUUCACCUGGGAGCACUUUUCUGGCAGCAUUAACACCUUCAACCCUGGUGACGGCUCAUGCACUACAGACCCUUGCUGGUACAAUUCCGGUCUUCCCAACCUAUCGCAUACGGAAGCUGUUAUUAUUGAAUGCAACACCGAGAAGUCGUGCAAGAAUUUCGUGACCAAGGACAUCAAGCUUCAACCGCAGAACAAGAGCGCCGCCAAGGUUAUCUGUAUGAAGGCGAUGCCAGAUCUCAACCCCAAGUUGGGAUUCGAAUGCACCAACGGCACUUUCACUGCCAGAAACUAG